UUGAGGUGGAGCCCAGCACAGGAAGAGGUGAGGACCCGGAGCUGCAGGGACAGCCGGUGGGCUCGGCGGGGCUGCAGAAGGUCAGGGCUACGCUACUCUAGGCCCCUGCAUGGUUGGUCGGUUGGUGUGGUAAGCGCCCUGAUCCCUGGUCCUGAGGACUUGGGCUGGCACAGGGAUCCCCAGGGCGUCUACCACCACUCAGCUGGAGCAGGGCUGAGCCAGGAGCACAGAGCUGGAGCCUCCAGCCCCCCAGUCUUGGUGUCCCUGGAGUAGCACUGAGGCCCGAGAGAACCGUGGACAAUGGAGGGCUGAGCCCCAUCCAUUGAGUUCCUGGGGCUGCGCUGGAGGGGCUGCUGUGGCCAGAGCACCCGGUCACAAAUGAAGACACCAAGGUGCAGAGAGGAGACUCAGCCUGCCCGCGGUCACCUAUCUGGUAAGUGGCAGGGCCAGGGUGCAAGCCCAGGACCCCAGUUCUCAUCCACUGGGCCCCUGCAUUCGUGUGAUCAUUGUCACCAUCCAGGAACAAAUGGCCCUUCCAGUCCGUUCUGAGAAAUCAGGUCAGUGGGCCACCCAAAGGCUGAGGAAAGAGGAAGAGGGGAUCCCUGACCCCGUUCCUGGGGGCUUGCUCACCUGUCCCAGGCUGCUGGAUGGGAGGCAUGGCAGGCAGCAGGUUCAGGCCCUCUCUUCACAGCUCCUGGAAGUAAUCCCCAACUCCAUGAGGAAGCAAGAGGUGCGGACCGGCAGGGAGGCCGGCCAGGGCCACGGCACAGGCUCCCCGGCCGAGCAGGUGAAAGCCCUCAUGGAUCUGCUGGCUGGGAAGGGCAGUCAAGGCUCCCAGACGCCUCAGGCCCUGGACAAGACACAGGACUCCCCGCUGGGGCCCUGCAGCACUGACUCCAUGAUACAGAGGCACCGCAAGGCCCUUCUGAGCAAGGUGGGAGGUGGCCCGGAACUGGCUGGACCCUGGCACAGGCUGGCCUCCCUCCUGCUGGUGGAGGGCCUGACGGACCUGCAGCUGAGGGAGCACGACUUCACACAGGUGGAGGCCACCCGCGGGGGUGGGCGCCCCGCCAGGACCGUCGCCCUAGACCGGCUCUUCCUGCCUCUCUCCCGGGUGUCGGUCCCACCCCGGGUCUCCAUCACCAUUGGGGUGGCCGGCAUGGGCAAGACCACCCUGGUGAGGCACUUCGUCCGCCUCUGGGCCCAUGGACAGGUCGGCAAGGAUUUCUCGCUGGUGCUGCCUCUGACCUUCCGAGAUCUCAACACCCACGAGAAGCUGUGCGCCGACCGACUCAUCUGCUCCGUCUUCCCGCACAUCGGCGAGCCCAGCCUGGCAGUGGCAGUCCCAGCCAGGGCCCUCCUGAUCCUGGACGGCUUGGAUGAGUGCAGAACGCCUCUGGACUUUUCCAACACCGUGGCCUGCAUGGACCCCAAGAAGGAGAUCCCGGUGGACCACCUGAUCACCAACAUCAUCCGUGGCAACCUCUUUCCAGAAGUUUCCAUCUGGAUCACUUCCCGUCCCGGUGCAUCUGGCCAGAUCCCGGGGGGCCUGGUGGACCGGAUGACGGAGAUCCGGGGCUUUAAUGAGGAGGAGAUCAAAGUGUGUUUGGAGCAGAUGUUCCCCGAGGACCAGGCCCUCCUGGGCUGGGUGCUGAGCCAAGUACAGGCCGACAGGGCCCUGUACCUGAUGUGCACCGUCCCAGCCUUCUGCAGGCUCAUGGGGGCGGCGCUAGGCCACCUGUGGCGCAGCAGGCCGGGGCCCCAGGAUGCAGACCUGUGGCCCCCGAGGACCCUGUGCGAGCUCUACUCAUGGUACUUUAGGAUGGCCCUCAGCGGGGAGGGGCAGGAGAAGGGCAAGGCAAGCCCUCGCAUUGAGCAGGUGGCCCACGGUGGCCGAAAGUUGGUGGGGACAUUGGGCCGGCUGGCCUUCCAUGGGCUGCUCAAGAAGAAACACGUGUUUUACGAGCAAGACAUGAAGGCGUUCGGUGUGGACCUCGCUCUGCUGCAGGGUGCCCUGUGCAGCUGCUUCCUGCAGCGGGAGGAGACACUGGCAUCAUCGGUGGCCUACUGCUUCACCCACCUGUCCCUGCAGGAGUUUGUGGCAGCCGCGUAUUACUAUGGCGCAUCCAGGAGGGCCAUCUUCGACCUCUUCACUGAGAGCGGUGUGUCCUGGCCCAGGCUGGGCUUCCUCACGCAUUUCAGGAGCGCAGCCCAGCGGGCCAUGCAGGCAGAGGACGGGAGGCUGGACGUGUUCCUACGCUUCCUCUCCGGCCUCUUGUCUCCGAGGGUCAAUGCCCUCCUGGCUGGCUCCCUCCUGGCCCAAGGCGAGCACCAGGCCUACCGGACCCAAGUGGCUGAGCUCCUGCAGGGCUGCCUGCGCCCCGAUGCUGCAGUCUGUGCACGGGACAUCAAUGUCCUACACUGCCUACACGAGCUGCAGCACACAGAGCUGGUCCGCAGCGUGGAGGAGGCCAUGGAGUGCGGGGCCCUGGCCAGGCUGACCGGUCCUCCGCACUGUGCCGCCCUGGCCUACCUCCUGCAGGUGUCCGACGCCUGUGCCCAGGAGGCCAACCUGUCCCUGAGCCUCAGCCAGGGCGUCCUUCAGAGCCUGCUGCCCCAGCUGCUCUACUGCCGGAAGCUCAGGCUGGACGCCAACCAGUUCCAGGACCCCGUGAUGGAGCUGCUGGGCAGCGUGCUGAGUGGGAAGGACUGUCGCAUUCAGAAGAUCAGCUUGGCAGAGAACCAGAUCAGUAACAAAGGGGCCAAAGCUCUGGCCAGAUCCCUCCUGGUCAACAGAAGUCUGACCUCUCUGGACCUCCGCGGUAACUCCAUUGGACCACAAGGGGCCAAGGCGCUGGCAGAUGCUCUGAAGAUCAACCGCACCCUGACCUCUCUGAGGACCUGCCAGACCAUGUUCCACGGAGAGCGGACCAUUUUGCAUUCCCAUCAGCACUGUUGCAGUUUCUCCAUAUUCUCACCAACACUUGGAUCCUGUGUCUUUCAGCUCCUCCAGGGCAACACCGUCAGGGAUGAUGGGGCCAGGUCCAUGGCUGAGGCCUUGGCCUCCAACCGGACCCUUUGCGUGCUGCACCUGCAGAAGAACAGCAUUGGGCCCAUGGGAGCCCAGCGGAUGGCAGAUGCCUUGAAGCAGAACAGGAGUCUGAAAGAGCUCAUGCUCUCCAGUAAUAGUAUUGGUGAUGGAGGUUCCAAGGCCCUGGCCGAGGCCCUGAAGGUGAACCAGGGCCUGGAGAGCCUGGAUCUGCAGAGCAAUUCCAUCAGUGACGCAGGAGUGGCAGCACUGAUGGGGGCCCUCUGCACCAACCAGACCCUCCUCAGCCUCAGCCUUCGAGAAAACUCCAUCAGUCCCGAGGGAGGCCAGGCCAUCGCUCAUGCCCUCUGCACCAACAGCACCCUGAAGAACCUGGACCUGACAGCCAACCUCCUCCACGACCAGGGUGCCCAGGCCAUCGCAGUGGCAGUGAGAGAAAACCGUACCCUCACCUCCCUUCACCUGCAGUGGAAUUUCAUCCAGGCCGGCGCUGCCCAGGCCCUGGGACAAGCACUACAGCUCAACAGGAGCCUCACCAGCUUAGAUUUACAGGAGAACGCCAUCGGGGAUGACGGAGCGUGUGCGGUGGCCCAUGCGCUGAAGGUCAACACAGCCCUCACUGCUCUCUAUCUCCAGGUGGCCUCCAUUGGUGCUCCGGGUGCUCAGGUGCUAGGGGAAGCCUUGGCUGUGAACAGAACCUUGGAGAUUCUUGACUUAAGAGGAAAUGCCAUCGGGGUGUCUGGAGCCAAAGCCCUGGCAAAUGCUCUGAAGGUAAACUCAAGUCUCCGGAGACUCAAUCUUCAAGAGACUUCCCUGGGGAUGGGCGGGGCGAUAUGCAUUGCGACAGCACUGUCUGGAAACCACAGGCUCCAGCAUAUCAACCUCCAAGGAAACCACAUUGGGGAAUCCGGAGCCAGGAUGAUCUCAGAGGCCAUCAAGACAAAUGCUCCCACGUGCACUGUUGAAAUGUGAGCAAAAGGAGUUCCUGGUGGAUGGAGCAGGAGGAUGGGCAGAGACUCAGCUGGAAGCUUUUGAACAGAAAGGCCGACUUCUGGGGACCUGCUGGGAGCUGGGAACGCUGCUCACUCAGCACCAGAGUGGGGCUCUGCACGGAGAAAGGGGAGGUGCUGCCAGAGGAGGUGGUGGGCUCCUUUCCUGGUGCAGGAGUGGUUCAGGCAGGGGGUGACGGGUACUCUGCUACGGCACAGAGGAGGGAGGGGGCCACCACCAAGGGACUAGGGGACAAAGGCCUGAAAGCUCAGCAGUGUAGGAGGCUGGUUCCAGCUUAUUUACAUCCUGAGUACUUCAUAUGCCCCCAACCUUUAAAAAUGUUUAUUACUGCCCCGUUCCACUCACCUGGUUAAAAAUCAUCCCAUGCUCUGAGAUAAGCUGCCAUCUCAAGCCCGUGAGGAGCAUCCAUGUGGCAGGGGCGACAGAGGGGACCCUUCUUUAUUUUUUCAAGAAGAAAGUUUCAGGGUAUCAUCCUUACAGACAUGAAAAAACUAUAGGAAAAUUGUGAAGAUAAAGGAAAGUUUUAAUUCUAGGAUUCUGGAAACAGAGACAAUAGAGUUCUCCAAGGAUUCUGCCUUUUUUUGUUUGUUUUUGAGAUGGAGUCUUGCUCUUGUCACCCAGGCUGAAGUGAAGCGGUGCAAUCUCGGCUCCCUGCAACUUCCGCCUCCCAGGUUCAUGUGAUUCUCCUGCCUCAGCCUCCCCAGUAGCUGGGAUUACAGGCACCUGCCACCACGCCCGGCUAAUUUUUGUAUUUUUAAUAGAGACGGGGUUUCACCAUGUUGGCCAGGCUGGUCUCGAACUCCUGACUUCAGGUGAUCAGCCUGGGCCUCCCAAAGUGCUGGGAUUGCAGGCGUGAGUCACCACACCUGGCCCCAUUUUUUAUUUAUUACAAAAUCAAAGACGUAGGUGAUACCUGGCACAUGUUAUCUGGAGUCUGGCACACUGGUUAUCAAUAGCACAUUCAAUGUAUUCAGUGAUGUCAUUCUUUCUUUAUUUAUUUUUUAUGAGACAGAAUCUGUCACCCAGGCUGGAGUACAGUGGCGUGAUCUCGGCUCACUGCAGUCUCUACCUCUUGGGUUCCAGUGAUUCUCCUGCCUCAGCCUCCCAAGUAGUUGGGUCUACAGGCACACACCACCACACCCAGCUAAUUUUUAUAUUUUUAGUAGAGAUGGGGUUUCACCAUGUUGAUCAGGCUAGUCUCAAACUCCUGACCUCAAGUGAUCUGCCCACCUCAGCCUCCCAAAGUGCUGGGAUUACAGGUGUGAGCCACUGCACUUCCUUAUUAGGCUUCCAAAGCCACUGCUGUGGCCACAGCUUCCAUGGAGACAGGCAAGCUGAGCCUCUAUGUGGCACCAAUUCCUGGAGCUGUUUGUGUUGGAGGGAAAAAAAUCCAAAUGGACAUAUCACAGCUCUCAUCAACUAAAUAACCACAGAAAAUGUUUAUUAAGACUAUAAAGCAAUGAUCACUUCUGAAUUUGAAAGGAAUCGUUAUUUGAAAUGUUUCUUCAAAAGUGAGCAUCUGGACAGGAUGCUGACAUGGAUGCUAAGGCCAUGGAUGAAGGCCUACUUGGGAAGAUGAUAUCCUUGCAGUCUCAAAACAGCACCCCACAAAGGUGAUAUCCUAAUUUACAAAGGGAAAAAGGUACCUUUAAUCUGAAAUCUGGCAAGUGCAGCCUCAACGGAAGUGACAGAAUUGAACAUCGCCAAUAAUGGGACACACGGACAUCACGUGCCCCCAGUCUGAUGCACCACGGAGUCGUCUCUGAUGUAUUCUUGUCAAAAACUGUUUGCCUGAUUCUAAUCAUUGAAGGAACAAUUAGAAAAAAUCCAAAUUGACAAAUAUUCUGCAGAAUAAAUGGCCUGAACUCAUAAAAAACAUCACUGUCACGAAAAAUGCAAAACGUUGCAGAUAGCGUAAAAUUAAAGAUUACAGAGAUAUAACUUAAUGCAAGAUCUUUGACUGGAUCCUGGACUGCAGGAAAAAGUCUGUUACAAAGAACAUUUGGAUCACUUGUAGUAGCUGGGAAAUACAACAAAACAUUAUUUGUAAAAGGGGGGAAAUCUGAACAUGGGUCUUGCAAUAUUUAUGACAGUUUUUGCUGGGCGUAGACUUCUAGAUUGACAGCUGUUUUAGUACUUUUAAGGUGAUGCUCUGUCUGCUGGUUUGCAUUGCUUCUGUCUGAGUUAAGAGCUUAGCAGAACAGAGUUGCAGUAGCCAAACGCUGGAGAAAGCUGGGCCCUACAGAAACCUAACACUGAAGAAACCUCAGAAGCCAAAGUGGUGGAGAAAACAAACAGUCCUCCCUCUCUCCCUUUUCAAAUAAUGAUCAUACAUCUUCAAGCUGUCUGAAAUGGUUAAAGAGUUCAGUCUGUCGUCAGGGACACACCAGAGCCAGCUAGCCCACAGAGACCCCAUCAGAGGAAAACAGACAGGACAAUUUAAUUCAUAUCCACAUAGAAAGGACUUCUAGGUAGGAGGUAGACCCUUUAGCUCCCUUCCAAUUAAAGGAGUCCUCAAUUCUAGCACCUGAGAGUCCCCUGGGUCUAACAGCUGUGAUAUUUAUGUAGUGUGUUGCUUACCUAAAUGAAUACGAGUUCCUUCCAGACAUGUGACACUGAUAUUAAAGUGCUAAUGAGAGGGAUCUAUUUCUUCUUGUCCAAGCUAAAAGAGAAACAGUCGUUCAGAUUUCCCAUCAGAAGUCUGAGGACUUUGUUCUUGAUAACUACUACCAAUAAAAAUUGAGUAUUUGAAAAA